AUUUCACGCACGAGACAGCACGACCGUUGCUGCACUCCGUUGGUAUGGUCACGUGCCAAAACACCGGCCAAUUAAAUUGUAACGGACGAUACUCUGGUAUUAUCAAUUGUUAUUAAUUGUUGUUGACGAUGUCACCACUACCCGGGGAACCUAUCGUUGAAAAAUGUCGGCCGAGGAUUGAUAAGCGAAAUAAAAUAGCUCCACGUACAAUAAGCCGCGUCAAUUGGGUGUCCGCUGCUUACGUGUAAUUAUCAUCCGGCUACAGAACAUCUCGGCUCAGUCACUAUGGCAACUAAAAUUCACGAGUUCAGUGUGGAAAUGACCUGUGAAGGCUGUUCGGGGGCGGUCAAACGAGUUUUAGGGAAUAAAGCUGGCAUCGAAGACGUAAAAAUUGAUUUGGAAGGAAAGAAAGUCUUCGUCACAUCGUCCCUCCCCUCCGAGGAGAUCCUCGAGUACAUAAAGAAAACUGGUAAAUCCACAUCCUUCAUUGGAGCCAAAAGCUAACGCAACCCCAACAGCUUUCCCAUCUCCCAACAAACCCAGUUAUUUCUCGCGUACUUCGAUACAAAAAAUUAUACAAAUUCUCCAGAAGUUAUUGGAUUUUCAACAAGUGAUGCUGAAGAAAACUGUCGCAAAAUCGCAAAUUUCAUAUUUUUGUACUCAUUUAUUUUGUAUAAAACAGGAAAUUUAUUGACUAAUAAUUGAUUAUAAUGUAUCACUAUCGACAAAAAGUAGAUGGCACCCUAACGAAUAAAUUUAUAUUCCAAAAAGAAUGGUAACUUGAGUAACAAAACGUCAUUAAGUAAUUGAUUGACCACUUCUUGAUUACCACUAGAAAAGUGGUAAAACGUAAGAAUUACAUCACAUUCCCAUUAGCUGUAUAAUUAUCUUAAAAAGAACUAGAUUCAGAGUAGAAAAUUCAUCCCAAAUCCCCUCAUUGACGAAAUAAUUUAUUAUUUAAAAUUGAAUAGUAACAUUUCACUUCCAAAUUUGGGGAAAAAUUGUAAGAAUUCACUAAAUUCUUAGAUGAAAGAAAAAAAUCCUGAAUUGAGCAUUCAGUGGCUUCACGAGCAAUAAAUAAAGUACAUGCUAAAGAUUGAA